AGUAGCCGCAGCGCUCUCAACUCUAACGCUCUCUUCGGCCAUAACUCUCUUCAAGCUAUCUGUUUUAAACGCACCUUUUCUGCUUCCAACGUUUCUGUUUUUAUCAACGACAUCCGUCCCUGCGCCACACUCCACAGACGCACGUCUCGCGUGCCACGGCUGUUUUCCCCGCUGCUGUCCGGUUCCACGGAGCUUUUCUACGGCGACUCCCGUACCUCCUUCCUUCACCCUCCAACUGCGACCCAUGGCGCGGCUUCACUACCCGCUGCGCCGCACGAUGGUGGCUGCAGCGAUGAUGGUGCUGUGCGUGUACGCCGUUCUGGUCUCCGCCACGUACACCGAUGCGGAACAGACGAACACGCUGAAGUUCCUGCAGCUCUUUGCGGAGUCCAACCCGUCUCUUAAGAGCCAGUGGACGGGCACGGACGUCUGCACCUGGUUGUACGUGAUUUGCAAUGCCGGCGCGCCGACUGAACUGAAUUUCGGCGACGACUUGUCGCCGUACACCGAAUCGUUGGUGCUGCCUGAGCUGGAUGACGGCGUGGACGGCGCCGCCGUGAUUGUCACAAGCAUUAUUGCGAGUGGGUCUGGUCAACUGACUGCGGGCACACUGCCUGCGAGCUGGGGCCGCCUGAAACGACUAACGAAAGUGGACUUGAGCGGCAACGCACUGACAGGUCCGCUGCCUGCGGACUGGGGCGAGCUGACUCAGAUGCAGUCUCUCAGCUUGAGCCGGAACUCGCUGUCUGGCACUCUGCCUCCUCAAUGGGUCAAGAUGGCUGUCAUAGUCACUAUGCAGCUGGCUUCUAACGCUCUGACUGGCUCGAUUCCGCACGAGUGGUACAAUAUCAGUGCUAAUAUGUUGGAUCUGCGCGGAAACCACCUGUGCGGAUGCAUGCUGCCAGAGUGGGCGACCAACUCACACUUAAACCCCCGGGUCGAUCGUGAUAUGUCUGCGUCGAACUGCGCGACUGCGAACAUGUGCCCAGCUGUCAGC